AUGCAGACGCCGCUGCCUCGUCGCCGCCUGUCGGACCGCGAGCUCUGCAGCGGGGCCGUCCGCACAUCGCACUACGGUGCGCUGCUCUCCGACCGUGGCGUGAUGCGGGCGCCGUGCUCCGCAAACGACCUGCAGACUCUCCUCGCUGACUACGAGGGGCUGCACCUACAGCCGCUCGUCGCCGCGAUCCGGCCAAAGCGGCCGCUGGGCCAGCGGAGCGCGGAGGACGAGUCCAUCGCCCUGUUCCUGCUGGCCGACUACGCCAACCUCUUUCACCAGAUGGGCUCUCUGUACAUCACGGCCGCGGCGAUGCGCGACCUGCUCGGCUCCAAGCCAGACACCGCUCACUCCGUUCACGUCUUCCUGCUCAACAACGCGUCGCUCACGCCGACGGCCGUGUUUUGGUCUCCCGGCCUCUCGGCGCGCGCGCCUCGCUUUGUGGGCGAGCCCGCCGCGCGCUCGGCAGGAGUCCGCUCCUUUGGCCGCGCCCUGCUCGUGCAACCUGCCACGGAGACAUGGCUCCGGCACGGCGGGACGCCGCCGGUCGGGUCGGCGACGGAGGUGCGGCUGGUGGAGCUGGGCGCGCUGUCGUCGCGCGAGCAGCUCUCGCUUGUGCGAGGCGCUGCGGGGCUGAUCGGCGCGCACGGCGCGGCGCUGGUCCGGAGCCUCUUCCCAGACCUUUCCCGGACCUCUCCCGGACCUUUCGUGGAACGCUUCUUCAGGCGCGGCGCUGGCGCGCCCGUGCUCGAGCUGCUCAACCGCGCAAACGCAAACGCGUACUACUCCAAUCAGUGCCGCUGGCAGCGCCGCGGGUACGCGGCGUGGCAAAACAACGACCCGGCGCGCGAGGUGCAGGCGUUCGACGCCGACGGAAGGCUGCUCGACCCGUUCCGCUGGCACUUGCGCGCAGACGUGGGAGCGGUCGGGGCGCUGCUCGAGGGGCUGCUGAGCUCGCCGCGGCAUCGCGCGGGGGAAGCCGCCAGAGCGGUCGCCCGGCCGGGGAUGGGCUUAGGGGUCUCGUAG